CCACCGCGGAGGAGUGUGAGGCCCCACGCGGCUGAUGUGGCUCACGCUGGACUCGCCGGGGAGACAGCCACCCUGAGGACUUCUCAGAGCCUUUAAUGAUUCUCAUAUCUCUGUGAUCGUCACAUAAGGAAUAAGGUUCAGCUUUCCUCCUCUGUCUCUCUGGGUCUCUAAGAAUCUUACCCUGGAGCUCAGAUUGAACUAAGCCCUUGGCUUCUCCAUUGACCGUCUCUGCGGUCCACCAGGCAGCCAUGGACCUGGGUCUCUUGGCCCUGCCAGAUGUCCCUCAGGGUUGCAGAAAGACCCUGCGGGGAGGGCAGAGCAGGGGCUCGGCCGUGCGUCGGCAGCGGGAGUUCAUGCCGGAAGAGAAGAAGGACAUGGUUUACUGGGAGAAGCGGAGGAAGAACAACGAAGCAGCCAAGAGAUCCCGCGAGAAGCGGCGUCUCAAUGAUGCUGCCCUUGAGGGCAGGCUGGCCACGCUGCUUGAGGAAAACGCACUGCUUAGGGCUGAGCUGCGUGCGCUCAAGCAUCGCUUUGGCCUCCUGCCCCCCAUCGGUGGUACCCGGACCCUGCCCGCUCUGCUGUGGGAGUCCCCCUGGACUGGAGACCCCCGCCCUAGGGCUGAACCACUCCCCUCUCUACCUAGCUCCCAUGACUGCUUCUUGAGAUCGUGUUCCUUGGACCCUGGGGUUCCAGGAUGUUGGGGCUGCCUGGUGGCCCACAGGUGGACUGGCCUGGCCACUUCCCCCAGGUCCCUCCAGGACCCUGCACCCCCUACCCCCAAGAGAAUGGACAUGGCCUUGCAGGCUGCUCUCCCUGCCACCUUCUUCAGCUGUCAUCUCCUGGAUAAGCGUGGGGGACCCAGACCAGAGCUGAGACCCUGCUGGGGGCUGUGGUCCACCAUUCCCACUGGCUGCCGGGUCUCAGGGCCCUCAGAUAUGUUGCUGACACCCAGUGCUGAUCCCAUGGGGCUGUCUCCUGGGGUGGCCUGCCCUGUCCCAGGGAACCAUCUAGAGGAUCUGGCUCAGCCCUCUCUGCCCCACAAAUUGCGUAUCAAGUCCCAAGCCUCUGGCAGAGUACCUCGAGGCUGGGAGGGUGGCCAGGGCCUCAUCUGAGGGCUUCCCCUGGGCAAAGCCAGGCCUGCAAGGGUGUAGUUGGGAUUGAUCGUGGGUUUGUCUGGAGAUGUGAGUGACUUGGCCUUGACCCAGCUCCCAAGACUGGGUGAGGCUUAUGGGAAGCAGGGGGUGGCCUGGCUGAGGGUUGGGUCCACGUCUUAGUGUCCAGGCCAGAACUUUAGGAAGAAAGGCUGGGGUACCUUGGAUCAUACCAUGGCCCCCAUCCUGACAAAAAUAUUUGUUUUGGAUAAUCACUUUUUCUUUCUUUUUCCAUCCAUCCAUCCACUCAUUAACCCACCCAAUCCUUUAUCCAUCCACUCAUCUACUCAUUUGUCCAUCCGUCCAUCUAUCCAUCCAUCUAUCCACCCAUCCAUUUAUCCACCCAUCCAUCCAUUCAUCCUUCCAUCUGUUUAUCCAUCUAACCACUCAGCCAUCUAUCCACACACUCACCUGCCUAUCAACUCACCCACCCACCCAUUCAUCCACCCCUCUGUCUGUCCUUUCCCUCUUUCCUUUCUUCCAUCCAUCCUUCCAUAUAUUGAUCCAUCCACGCAAACACUUAUCUAUGUACCCGCAUACCUGCCCACCCAUCAAUACACCUAUCUACCCAUCCAUUCAUCUGUCUUCCCAAACGUCCAUCCAUUGGUCCAUUCUUUUAUUCAUUCCUUUAUUUACUCAUACAUUCAUGUGCUCAUUUGCUCAUCAUUUGUUCAUUCAUUCAUUCUCUCACUCAUUUAUUUAUAAUUUUUUGUCCCCUCAUCCACCUACUCAUGAAUUUCAUGCCCCUCCCUCAGUGCCCAGCUUGGUAACGAGUAUGAGGACACUUUCUGGUCUUUGGGGUUCCUGUUCUGAUGAUGGUAAUAGAGGGUUAGGAACAGACACACUGAGGGCCAUUCUGAAGGAGGAGGCAACGUCUCAGGACGUCUGACUCCUCAUUUCUUAGGGUCCCCUUGGGGCCCUGCUUACCACUCAGUUUGGGGGUCAGAUUUAACCCAGUUCAGAUGGCUUCCUCUGUGUGUAGGGUCAGAGCUUUGAGCCAGUGGAACAGGUCAGCAAUAUCUGGAGGGGGUUCAGUUUUCUCUUUCUCCCUGUCUGCUUGUGCCCCUGAGGACCUCUCAGCCACAGCACACGCACUCCCAGCUGGACAGAAGAAAAGACCACUCUGCAGGGAGGGUCUCCCAGGGACCUUGGAACCCCCAGAGCUAAUCAAAGCCCCCUCUCUCCUCAGUCUCUCACUCAGGUUUUCUUAAAACAAGCAUACAAACAUUUCACAGAAUUUGUGAGAUUCUGAUUUUGUCUUUUCAUUUUAUUUCUGGUGUGUUUUGUGAAAUGAUCAUUUUUAUCUAUUUUUUAAACUGAAGUUUAGUUGGCUUAUAAUGUUUUGUUAGUUUCUGGUGUAUGGUAUAGUGACUCAGUUAUACAUAUAUUCUUUUUCAUAUUCUUUUUCAUUAUAGGUUAUUACAAAAUAUUGAAUGUAGUUCCCUGUGCUCUACAGUAGGACCUUGUUGUUUAUCUAUUUUAUAUAUAGUAGUUUAUAUAUAAUAGUUUGAACCUGCUAAUCCCAAACUCCUAAUUUAUCCCUUCCCCUUCCCCUUUGGCAACCACAAGUUUGUUUUCUAUGUCUGUGAGUCUCUUUCUGUUCUGUAAAUAAGUUCAUUUGUGUCAUUUUUUUAGAUUCCACGUAUAAGUGAAAUCAUGUGCUAUUUGUCUUUGUCUGGCUUACUUCACUUUGUGUGAUAAUCUCUGGGUCCAUCCAUGUUGCUGCAAAUGGCAUUAUUUCAUUCUUCUUUAUGGCUGAGUAGUAUUCCAUUGUGUGUGUGUGUGUGUGUGUGUGUGUGUGUGUGUGUGUGUGUGUGUGUGUGUGUGUGUGUGUGUGUAUGCCACAUCUUCUUUAUCCAGUCAUCUGUUGAUGAACAUUUCAGUUGCUUCCACGUCCUGGCUAUUGUAACUAGUGCUGCUAUGAACAUUAGGGUGUGUAUAUCUUUUUGAAUUAGAGCUUUCUCCAGAUAUUUAUGCCCAGGAUUGGGAUUUCUGGGUUAUAAGGUAACUCUAUGGUUUUUUUUUAAAGGAAUUUCCAUACCUGAACAACAGUUUUAAAAUCAGAUAUUGCCAAAUCUAUUAAUCUUUUCUUUUAUGGUUUGCAAAUUUUGGUCCUGUUCAAGAAUUCUUUCAUGUCUCAAGGUCAUAAAGGUAGUCUCCUAAAUGUUCCUAUAAAUGUUUUCGAGUUUUGCUUAGCACAUGUCUUUCUGUCUCUCUCACCCUGUGUCAUGAAGUACAAUCACUCAAACUUCUUUGAUCAAAAGAAUCACUUACAAGUGCUUGUUUAUUUAAGACCUCCUGAAUCCAAGCUUUUCAGGAGACAGGCCUUGGAAAUUUUUCCUAGCACCCAGGUAAUUCUUAUAAUCAGGCUACUGGGAAAUUCUGGCUUAGUGGUUAGUGGUUAGCUGAUGGAUUUGGGAGCUGGGCAAGACCAGCAUCUCAUCCCAGCUGGGCGGUCUUGCUCACAUCACUGAGUCUCCCUUGCUCAACUGUAAAUAGGGAUUCCAAACAUGCACAUCCUGCAGAGACUUCUUGGGAAGAUUAAUUGAGAAGAAGUACAUAAAUGGUUUGGCACAGGGCCUUUUCCUGGGAACUGGAUUGUUUUAUCCUCAUGGAGAAUGUAACUAACUCUAUUUCCCUUUUUGCUUUGGCCACCAGGGAGGUUGAGGCUACACUUACGGCUCAGUUAUAAUAACUGUUCAUACAUUCCUUCAUUUAAAAAUUCCCUUGCUCAUUUAGCAGCUAUUUAUUGAUUAUACACCACGUCCAGGCUCUGGGGAAAGAGCAAUGAACAAAACCGAUGUGGUUCCUGCCUCUGUGGUGCUGGCAGCCUAGUGGGGGAGAUAGAUAAAAAAUAAACAAGGAAAAUGUUCAGUAGGAUCAAUGACGAUAAGUAUCAUAGGGGGAAAAGAGGUGGGGGCUUGGGAGAGGUAGUGGUGGGUGGGUUAUAAGAAUUGAAAUAAAGAAAUCAGGAAGGACCUUGCUGAGAAGAUGACAUCUGAGCAGAGACUUGGGGGAGCUAUGCAUGUAUGGGGGAGAGGAGGAAGAGCAAUGAGAUAUAGGCAAUGAGAACAGUCUGUGCAAAGAUCCUGAGGCAGGACCAUGCCUGGUGAGAUGGAGACACAUGAAGGAAGUGCAUGUGGCUGAGGCUGAGUGAUCAAGGGGGACAGUGGGAGGAGGUGGGGAGAGGGAGGUGAUAGGGACAGGUCACGUAGGGCCUGUGGGUUGAGGUGAGGAUUCUGGCUUCCUCUCCGAGUGAGACGGGGCUGCCAGGGAGUUUCUGAGCAUAUUUCUGCUGUAACUGUCCCUCUCUCCCCACCCCACUCCAUCCUGUGGUGUAUGAGGCUGAGUGAAAAUAAAUAAAGCCACCA